AUGGUCUGUGUCUGGAAUGCUAUGGUGGCGAUGUAUGUCAAGUGCCGGGAACUGGAAGAUGCGCACAGGGUGUUUGAUGGAAUGCCUGUGAGGGAUGUUGUCAGCUGGAACACGAUGGUUUCCGGGUACGCAUCGAUGGGUAUGUCGGGCGAGGAGCUGCUACAGAGGAUUCCUGGGGCGAACAUUGUCACCUGUAAAGCAAUCGCAGUGGGAAAUUUGAAGGCAGGGAACUACGACGAGGUGACAAGGUUGGUGUCGCGGAUGAGGAGUUCCCAUGGUCCACGGCUGGAUUUUGGACUUGUGAUUGGCCUCAAGGCAUGUGGUAAGAGUGGUUAUCUGAGGAUCGGCAGGGAGUUGCACGGUGUGGCUGUUCGUCUAUGCUUUGAUGGGCUUGAACGGGUGGAGAAUUCGUUGAUCACAAUCAUUCAGCCACUAUUUGUCAAGAUGUUUGAUGUAUUUUGUAUUGAACCAAGGGUGGAGCAUUUUUCUUGCAUGAUCGAUUUGUACUGCCGUGAAGGUUUGCUGAGGAUGGCUGAUGAGAUAAUUGACAAGAUGCCAUUCCAGCCAACUGCUGCAAUGUUGGCAACUCUUAUUGAGGCUUGCAGGAUCCAUGGUAAAACGGAAAUUGGGGAUCGAGCUGCAAAGAGGCUGCUGGCGAUGAGGACGAACAACCCUGGCCACUACAAUUUGAUUGCAAACAUGCAUAUAUCAGCAAAUGUUGUCAGAACUAGCUAA